GACUAUACUUUAUAUGUAUGAGUCCUAUGAUUCUCACUUUCUCUCGUUUUCUUUCAUUUUCUCACUAACCAAACACCUGGUAAUUUUAUCAGAGGCAAUGGUCGAAGUUCAAUCUCUUCAAGUUCCAAAUGUACAGGAGCUUGCAACACAAGGCCUCAAGAGUGUGCCUACUAGGUACGUACGAGAUGACAUAGACGGCAUCAACCCCAUUCCCUCCCAUCAAACCCUUGGUGUACCGUUGAUCGACAUGACUAAGUUGGUCAACCCGGAUGAUCAAGAGAUUGAGCUUCAAAGAUUUUACGCUGCAUGUAAAGAUUGGGGUGUUUUUCAGAUUAAAAACCAUGGAAUUCCUGAUGAAUCCUUGAGAAAUAUGAGGAACCAAGUUAGAGAAUUCUUCAAUCUUCCAUUACAAGAGAAGAAAAGAUGUGCACAGAGACCUGGAGGUCUUGAAGGGUAUGGUCAAGUAUUUGUAACUUCACAAGAUCAAAAGCUUGAAUGGAAUGACAUGCUCUUCCUCAAAACUCUCCCUACUCAGAUCAGAAGUCUUGAUCUGUGGCCCCAGAACCCUCCUAGAUUCAGGGAGACUUUGGAGGAUUAUUCUGAAAACAUGAAACGAGUUGGUGUUUCAUUGAUGAAACUAAUGGCUAGAGGGCUUCAACUUGAAGAAGAAAAACUCUCCGAUCCAUUCGAAAACGGGUUAUACGAGGUGAAGAUGAUCUGCUAUCCUCCAUGUCCGGAACCAGAUCGAGUUCUUGGGAUUAAAUCGCACUCUGACAUAUGUGGAAUCACCAUCUUGCUCGACUGCGGCGAGACGCCAGGAUUACAGGCCCUCAAAGAUGGAAACUGGGUGCCUGUUGAACCGAUUGAAGGCGCUGCUGUUGUUAUUGUUGGCAACAUUUUGGAGAUAAUGAGCAAUGGAGUUUAUAAAUCAUCGGAACAUAGAGCAGUGGUGAACAAACUGAAGGAGAGACAGUCAGUUGUCACUUUCUGCUAUCCAGAUUCAUCUGUCAAGAUUGGACCUGUUGAACAACUUACUACUGAUCAUGCAAGAACCCCAGCUCUAUACAAGACUGUCACAUUUGAAGAGUAUUGCAAGAUUUUCUUUGAUCGAGUUCUUUCUAAAGGAGAAUUUGAUGGUUCUUUCAUUGAUGCUCUGAAAAUGUGAUUAUAUGUGCAAUAUUUUAUCAAUAUUGUUGGAUGUAGUAAAUUCAAAAUUUGAAGACUUUCACCAAGUUUCAUAUCCACACAUAUUUACUUUUGAUAUAAAUUAGUGACAUUUCACUUUAA